CUUCGGGCAGCGGGACCUGACAGGCAAGUGACUUUUAGUCAGGUGCAAUGCUGUUUGAGUGCUUAUGGCUAAAAGACGAUUUGCUGCCAGAACAGAGGCUUGCCCUCACUAUGGAAUUUUAGGGGUGUGGGCUUGUUUUGUGGUUUGUGUUGGCUGCCACGGGUCUGCCAGGCUCCGUAGCUGCUUUAGCAUAAGGUGCUGCAGAGAAGUAUCUCUUUUUCCUAGAAUUAUCACUGUUCAGAGAUGCUACUUGUCACUGCUGCAAAAUUUUUUGAGACUCUGGCAAAGUCAAGACAGGCACAAAUGAUUUCCAUAGUGAGUACAAAUGGGAUUCUUCAGUAGAAGAGCUAUUUUAUUUCUUUAAUCUUAUACUCUAGAACACAUUUGCAUUGGCAGAAUUCCUAGGAAGUUACUUUCCCAAAGCAGGGGACAGAUAGAGUAUGGCUGUUGAUGCCAGUAUGAACCCUGUAGGUCCAGGAAUGAAUGGUUUUGGAUGGACUGCUGCCUGACUGCAGGAGCUGUACAGAGCAGAACUGAGCUGAGAUGGGUCUCAGUUUUCCGGUAAUGCUCUAAAAUUACUGUUGUAAUCACAGUGUCUCAAAUAUGUCUGUGUCCUCCAAGAGCUUGUGAACGUGAACAGCACAAGGGGUCAGGUAUGCCCUGGGGUGCUACCCUGGGGAUCCCCCUAACAGAUCCUGCUCAAAAGGGAAAGCUGAGGCUGCAGUUUGCAGGGAAUUUUGACCUGGCAGAGGUGUCAAGAUGAAAACACAAAUAAGAAACACGUUGCUCCUGGUGCUGGGUCACACUAGGGUGUCUUUAGGGCUUGUGGAUAGCAACAGCCAGAUGAUGCUUGUGUUAACCAGAAGCAGUGCCCUCGUGCUGUGUUUUUCUGGUUUGCCCCAGUCUGUGGAUUGGAACUCUGCAUAGGAAAAAACAAAACAUGCAAGUUCAACCCAAUGACAUAUGGGAUGGAGAUAGGAAAUGGAUAUGGUGGUUUAUAAGGGCAGAUGACCUUUGUUACCUAAGCUGAUAGGGAAGUUUUGGGGUUUUUCUAGUGAUCUGUUGAGACAGACUUUGCUCUGAGUCAUACUGCUGGUAAUAUAUGUCUCACUAGGAAAGGUUCUGUCAGGCUGAAGAGGGAGAAGGUGAGAUGCAUCACCUCAGUGGUGCUCAAGUCUCUAUCCUGUCUGACACUUUUUGUUUUAAAUGCAAAUCUCAUUUUCAUCUUAAUGCAAAUCUGAAAUAUGCCUUGAAGUACCUAAAAUUGUUUUUAACACUGCUGAUUUUUAUGGAUUUUACCAGAUCUGUGCGACCCUGGAAGCUGUCAACCCUGUGAGGGCUGAUGGUCAGAGUCUAAUAUACAAAAAGUCUGUGGGUUCUCAUGUCUAUGGGGAGGGGUUAUUCUGUGUGAUUUAGGGACAUCAGAAAAGAGCUGGUGGUGCACAGGAGUGUGGGGCUGGAGCUGGGAGGUCCUGGAAGCUUGCUGUGUUGGGCUCAUGGUGGUGCCCAAGAAAUGAGGGUAUUAUGAAAGGUGCUGAUGCUUUGCUCCAGUGUUUUGUCCUCUAGGGACUGAGGCAGAAGUCCAAGUGGUCAGGAGCACGCUGAGGUCCUCUCCUUGGCAGGGGUCACUGAUGCUGUCGUGGCUGAAAACACGGGGAAGCUUCUGCUCCUCCCUCAGCUCUUGCUACAGAGUGUAGCCAAAAAUAGGGAGGUGAAGCGAGCGUGGCGAUUUGUUCCAACCAUUUUGGUGCGGACGUUCCCAAGCUGUGCUGAAUCAUCUGAACCCGUGCCGGGGUGUAAUCGCUCACUGUCAGCUGUGUCCUGGGAUCAGGGCUGCAUGCCGAGCGCUCAGGAUAUUUUGCUACGGUCUACAAAAUAUGGAGUGCAUUGCUGGGAGUCCAAGUGUUUUGCAGCACAUCAGAUGUGGCUUGGAGUCCCUGGAGCCAGAGGUAUCUUUGCAGCUUCUGGAAGGUGAAUUGAAAGGGAAGAGCAGCCCCUUCUGCAGCUCUUGCCCUCCACAAAAAAUCCCAGCACUAGUGAGAAUGCAAGAAGUUCCUUCUGGAGUGCAGUGACCUGGUUCUGGGGACAGCUAUGAUGCAAAAAGAGAAGAAUUCAGCUAGUGCAACUGGCAGGGUCCAUCUCGGAUAGACGCGGAUGAUGCCAGAGCUAUGACAGGGAUUGCAGUCUUGGCACUGAGGGGUGAUCAGUUAUGGAACAACUACAGGAGGAAGUACCUGAGGUCAGGGAAGAGGAGGAGGAAGAGGAAGAGGCAGUGACAGUGCCCAGCGGAGCCUCGGACCCAAGUGCAGGACCAGACAGCUCGCUGCCCUCGAGCAGCUACACCGACCUUUCGCAGAGCUCCUCUCCCUCCCUGUCAGACCAACUGCAGAUGGGCUGCGAGGAGACGGCCUCGGGGGCACUGAAUGUGGAGUGCAGAGUCUGUGGAGACAAAGCCUCGGGCUUCCACUACGGUGUGCACGCCUGCGAGGGCUGCAAGGGUUUCUUCCGCCGGACGAUCCGCAUGAAGCUGGAAUAUGAGAAGUGUGAGCGAAGCUGCAAGAUUCAGAAGAAGAACCGGAAUAAGUGCCAGUACUGCCGCUUCCAGAAAUGCCUCUCGUUGGGCAUGUCACAUAACGCAAUCCGCUUUGGCCGCAUGCCGGAGGCAGAGAAGAGGAAGCUGGUAGCGGGGCUGACAGCAAGCGAGAUCAGCUGCCAGAACCCACAGGUGGCCGACCUGAAAGCUUUCUCCAAGCACAUCUACAACGCCUACCUGAAAAACUUCAACAUGACCAAAAAGAAAGCGAGAGGUAUCUUGACCGGGAAGGCCAGCAGCACCCCACAGCCUUUUGUGAUCCAUGACAUGGACACCCUGUGGCAAGCAGAAAAGGGGCUGGUCUGGAAACAGCUGGUGAAUGGGAUCCCCCCCUACAAGGAGAUCGGGGUGCACGUCUUCUACCGCUGCCAGUGCACUACAGUAGAAACUGUGCGGGAGCUCACCGAGUUUGCCAAGAGCAUCCCCAGCUUCAUAGGCCUCUACUUGAAUGACCAAGUGACUCUGCUGAAGUAUGGGGUGCACGAGGCCAUCUUUGCCAUGCUGGCCUCUAUCAUGAACAAGGAUGGGCUGCUGGUGGCCAACGGGAAUGGCUUUGUGACCCGUGAGUUCCUGCGUAGCUUGCGCAAGCCCUUCAACGAGAUCAUGGAGCCCAAGUUUGAGUUUGCUGUGAAGUUCAACGCACUGGAGCUGGAUGACAGCGACCUGUCUCUGUUUGUGGCUGCCAUUAUCCUGUGUGGAGACCGUCCCGGCCUGAUGAACGUGAAGCAGGUGGAGGAGAUCCAAGACAACAUCCUCCGAGCACUGGAGUUCCACCUGCAGUCCAACCACCCGGACGCCCAGUACCUCUUCCCCAAGUUGCUGCAGAAGAUGGCUGACCUGCGGCAGCUGGUGACAGAGCACGCCCAGCUGGUGCAGAAGAUCAAGAAGACAGAGACAGAGACCUCUCUGCACCCGCUUCUGCAGGAGAUCUACAAGGACAUGUACUAAGGACCUCUUAUUUAUGAGAAUGAAGCCAUGGAUUCCAAGCGAGACUCUUUGUACAAAAACAAAGAAAACCUUUCCCCAUGUCUUCCAUUUCUUCUACUGGAAACUCUUUUCUACAUGACUCCAAUGUACGGUACACAGGGCAAGGUGCUGUAAGGUAUUGCAGCCACCUCCUGGUAGCUUGGGACUUCCAUUAACACACUAACGAAUUUACAAAGGCAAAUCAUAAGCUACUGUUUCCAUUACUGCGGGGCCUCCAGAGCAGCCAGAUGGUUUGCGUGGCAUGGACAGGGGGUUCCUGCAGCAGCCUGGGGCCAGUGGGGGCUGCUCUGGUUGUUCAGAGCCACAGGCGUGGUGUGGUUUCCCCCGUGGGGCAGCAGCAGCACUUACGGUGUGUCUUUAUGUCUUUGUCAUAUUGCACUCUGAAGACGUAGUCCUGAGCUGUGAAGUUUAGGACAGUGGCACAAAAGGAAAUGUUUCCCUCUCCCAAAGAAAAGCUGGCAUAUUUGAAGACGUGUAUGGCUGUCCUAGCAGAGAACCUUGGCUGCAGCCACCCUCUCAGUGCUCCCAGUGCCUCCACUUCAGAGGAGCCUAUCCCUUAGCACCUCUGUGUCAAAGAGGGGAGGGAAGGGUUUGACUCAAGAAUUCACCUUCAGAGCAGAGGCCCACAAUCCUUUUGCUUCCCCAGGCCAUUCUGUGCAGAUAGGAGUUCCAGAAAGGUCUGCACAGGGCAGGUUUGGGAUGAGGUGGCUGUGCUGGACUCCCUGCAAGCACCAGAGCAAGCAAAGCCUUCAGCAACACCAGCAUGGGGAAAGUCACAGCCAGCCCACAGAGCCCGGGGUGCUGACAGGGCGUUUGUGGGGCUGUGGGAAGGGAGCACGUCCCCAUCUGGAAGGUUCUGCAGAAGGGAUCUGGUGAUCCAUGGCAGCAGCAGAGCAGUCCUGACGGGGGAACAGCAGCACUGGGGAGUGCAGGAGAUCGCUGCACCCCAACCUGGUGUUGCUGCCACCAAAGUGCAUGGCCUUCACCCCUCUGCUUAUGGCUGUGCCUCAGUUUCCCUCUCCAGGAAAGGGAGCCAGGCUGCACUUCGUUCAGAGGGGGGAAAUGAAGAUGGAUCAGUAUACCGGUUGCAAAGAGCUUUGCAGCUGUAAAACAGUAUAAACACCAAGUAUUCAUAAGAGGGAGGGAUGCCCACACCGCACUGCCAGGGAGGCUUCCCCUGCCCUCCUCCGCCCAUGCCCUGAGCUUGGGGACAGCUUUGGGUUCUGGGCUUCCCCUCCAUGCUGCUGGGCUGGCGAUCCCACGCCUGCUGCUGCCCUUCAUCUCCUCACUCUGCCUCAGUUUCCCCACCCUCACCUUCUGUCCAUACCUCGCAGGGCUGUUAAGGAGUUACCAUUUCUAAAGCACUUUGAAGUGCUCUGGGGAAGGCACCGGAGAUGUGUGCUGCUCCCAGCAUGGGGGUCUGUCCCCAAAGCCCCCGCUGGCCCCGGCUCGGUGGACCCCCAGGGCACAUGGACUGCUGUGUUGGUCACCUGGGGGACUAUUCACUCUUCCCUUCAAUGUAACAACCCUCGAACUGAAAUGUAUAUUUUUGCUAGAAGUACAAACCUCCGAGUGUUUUUAAUAAUAUAAAUAGCAUCUGCAAACUGAUCUGACUUUAAAUAAAUCCAAACCAAA